GAGAGCAACAAUCGCAUAACCGCCCUUUUUUGAACAAGAAACAAACGAAAUUCGCAGUUUUUGUCUUUCUAAAAGAUGGCACCUGUCACCAUGCCGACCCCAGAGCUGGAUUUCGGAAAAAGCGCCGAAAACUGCGUUACUGACGGCCUGAUCAAAUUCGGAGGAGGCCUCGCACUUGGUUCUGUCUUUUCACUCCUAUUUUUCAAGCGACGACGCUGGCCAAUCAUUCUCGGCGGAGGUUUCGGAAUCGGAAUAGCCUGGGCCAACUGCUCCAAGGAUUUCAACAGAUUAACAGCAUCCAGUAGACCGAAGGUCCAGUAACUGAUUUUUGCAGGCAGUCUAGAGAAUGAGUGGCGAGAGGCUCGGCUUCAGCUUGACAGACUUUCCCACCUGCGGAGCGAAGCCUAGAAUAAAUUUGCUAUAUUAACAAGUUAUUCGAUCCAUAGUAAUUGUUUCAAAUGCGCGCAUUAAUUUUCAACAGCUCCUUGUCUCAGCAGCAGCAGCAGUUUCGAUUGACAACCAUGAUUUUAAACUGGGUUUAGAUUAUUUAAUUUUAGGCACACAUCUUCUGCAAGUGUAAAAAUCAUUAUUGUUCCUGUUGAUUAAUGUGUUAAUUAAAAACGUAAAACACG